CCGACCGAGAUGACGUUUGACUGUCAAAAGUAAGUAAUCUGCUCUCCACCAGAGGCGCGCCAGUUGCGACAUUUUUCUAUUGUCUCUGAUUUAGUUUGGCAUUUUGGCAUUACGGCUACGCAUUACAAGACAAGCUUCAGACCGACGCGUCAUCUGCGUCGGCUUUUAUUUAAUUUUAUAAUUUUAGUGACAAAGAAAAUUGUGAUAAGUGUGAUUUUAUACACGUCUCGGUGAUAUACAUUAGAUUUAAGACUUGUUAUGUGGUUGUUGAGCUGUGGAAAACUUAAUGAGCUUACCUUGCCUGCAGUGCGUGCCAAGAGCCCCCGAGUCCCAGCCAUUAGAUUGAGUGGAGUGCCCCCUGUCUGCCCACACGUAGCCCCGCCGCCACUAUUCCGCGCGACACGGACACUUCCAGCAUGGAACUGGAGAAAGCCCCCGCUCUCCAUGAGGAGGACUCAAAAGUCACCCUCACCAUCAGACUGAUUAUGCAGGGGAAGGAAGUUGGCAGUAUUAUUGGCAAAAAGGGAGAAAUUGUCAAAAGGUUUAGAGAAGAAUCAGGAGCAAAAAUCAAUAUAUCAGAUGGAUCGUGCCCAGAGCGCAUCGUCACAGUCACUGGCAACACAAGCGCUAUAUUCAAAGCAUUCACACUCAUAUGCAAGAAAUUUGAAGAGUGGUGCUCCCAGUUCAAUGAAGGCGGCGGCGGCGGGUCCCGCGCGCCCAUCACGCUGCGGCUCAUCGUGCCUGCGUCGCAGUGCGGCUCGCUCAUCGGCAAGGGCGGCUCCAAGAUCAAGGAGAUCCGGGACGUGACCGGCGCUAACAUACAGGUGGCGAGUGAAAUGUUGCCCAACUCGACAGAAAGAGCCGUGACCAUCAGCGGGACAUGCGACGCCAUCACACAAUGCAUUUAUCACAUCUGCUGCGUCAUGCUAGAGAGUCCGCCUAAAGGUGCCACAAUCCCAUACAGGCCGAAGCCGAACGUGGCCGGGCCGGUCAUUCUGGCGGGAGGGCAGGCUUACACCAUCCAAGGAAACUAUGCCGUGCCUGCACAAGACGCGGUGUGCGCGCCGGUGUUCCCCCUGCUGGAAGUCAAGCCGCCGCUCGUGGGCGCGCUGCCGCCGCACCACCUGCUGCCCGCGCCGCAGCUGCACGAACACCACCUCAUGGGAGGCCUCGCCAAGUCGCCGCUGGCCGGCCUCGCGGCGCUGGGGCUGGGCGGCCUCGCGCCUUCCAACACCGGGGGCCUCAACCCGGCAGCACUGGCAGCGCUGGCGGGCUCGCAACUCCGCACGUCCAACCAGUCGCGCAACCAGCCCGCCACCAACCAGCAGUCGCACGAGAUGACCGUGCCCAACGAGCUCAUCGGGUGCAUCAUUGGAAAGGGCGGCACCAAGAUCGCGGAGAUCCGGCAGAUCUCGGGCGCCAUGAUCCGGAUAUCCAACUGCGAGGAGCGCGAAGGCGGCAGCACGGACCGCACCAUCACCAUCUCCGGCAACCCUGACUCAGUGGCGCUGGCCCAGUAUCUCAUCAACAUGAGUGUGGAGCUUCAGAAGGCGAAUCUAGAGGGCUCGGGCAGCGGCGCCGGGUCCAGCUCCAGCCCGCUCGCGUCUGCCAUCCCGCUCGCACAGCUGCUCACCAAGAGUGGCGCGCUCGGCGCGCUUAACAGCCUCUCCGCGCUUGGCGGCCUCACCGACCUGCUGGCCGGCUCCCCGCAGCCCGUGCAGACCACUGGCGUGCACCGCACACACAAACCCUUCAACCGCCGCAGCGACGACGAGACCCCCACCAAGACGUCCAAAGAGCGGAACAAAUAUAACCCCUAUUAGAGUUGUCUUGC